CCUCCUCAGGUCAUAUCUGGCCUUUUUGUAGUCCUCAGCGGUGCCCAUGACAAAUGCAGUCGAACGAGCACGUAGCUUAGCCCUUACAUCACAGUUCAUCCACUGUUUUUGGUUAGGGUAUUUUCUGUAAUACUUGGUGGUGCUAACAGUCUCUAUGCAUGUGCUAAUGUAGCCAGUAACAGCAGAAGCAUAUUCAUCCAAAUCAACAGUACAAUCUUCCCUCCCCGCUGCAGUUUUAAACACAUCCCAGUUUGUGCAGCCAAAGCAGUCCUGAAGUACUUGAUCAGUUUCUUCAUUCCACACUUUAACUGCUGUACUUACAGGGGGAGCUUGCUUUAGGAGUUGUCUGUAUGUUUGCAUAGUUUUACUCCUCUAGAAAGAGAUUUUCAUUUUAACUGCAUAUCCCAUCCCCUUUUCCACUAAAAUCCAUGGUCAUGAUCCUUUACUUUUUAUUCUUACUUUCAUACAAUUCACUAUGCUCUCGUCUGUACAAAAUAUGAAUCAUAAAAGAGACAAGUUUUAAAAUCAUUUCACAUUUUGCUGAUUUUUUUGUUUGUGUUAUGAAAUAGAAAUAAGCUCUUUUCUGAUAUAGAAAUAUAUUUUAACAAAAACCACAGGAAUAAUAUGGAAUAUAAUAUGUAAUAAUAUAUAAACAUUGUCUCCAUAUGGGGGUUCAUUUGAAAUUCGGGUAAACAAAAAAAAACAGUAUUUUUUUUAUAUUUGCAAGCAACCGCAAAUGAUUUAGUAGUCUAGUGGUGGUUGUUUGUUUACAUAGCCCCCACGGCCCCCCAUGUAAAGCCCUUAUGACUCAGGUAUGGUAUGAUAUGGACAGAAUGUUUAAAAAUGAUCAUACCCAAGUCCUUAUGACUAAGCUCAAGCACACCUGUUGCAUUUAGUGUGAGUGGGUAACAAACUGACAACACACUUAACAACUCACAAGUUGUCACAUACGUCAUUGUCCGAGAAGUGUUUCUUGCGAGUGGCAAUAUGGCGGCCGUGUGGCUUCACAAGUCAUCGCCAAUGAGCUAUCCAGAUUUAUUAUACAGAUCAGUGGCUACGGGUACUUUAUUGUUGCAUACUGGAGAGGGGCUACAAUUAAUAGUGUGGGGAGUAUACUUUCGUUUCAAGUUCUAUGCGUGGAAAAUUAUUACGUUUUGUACAAGAUUACCUUAAUAUCUUUUUUAAACGAACACAAAAAUAAACUAUCGGAGAGGACCCACGCGAGGUGCCCGAGGUAAUGCCUGUUCAAAAAUGGAGCAUUCGUCCUGCAGAGUGGCCACAUUUUACGUACGUUUGUGGAUUAGUUUCGUUUGUACGUGUUGGUUUCGUUUGUACGUGUUGGCAAACAGUUUGGUUAACGCGAUGAUAACUAAAUGCUGAUUAGUACGUUUUCAGAUGAAUAUCCAAUCAGGCAUAUUUUCAAACACUAUAAACACGCUGGGUUUAUUUUUUCCCCGCAAUUGCACACCGGAGAGAGCCUGCAAUUGAUAACAUGUGGGGUAUAAUUUCACAGCAAGUUCUCUGCAUCGCAAAUAACGAGGUUGUGUACAAGUUAACGUCAAUAUCUUUACGUAGCAUGGUGGGUUCGACAAAGGUGGUUGGCUGGGAAACCCCGCCUUCCCUGAGCUCUCAUUGGUUGCCAUGGUUACUCGAUGAACUUGCACAUUAAGAUAAUUUGCAACCACUGGAAGAGAACAAAGACAGUUAAGGACCCGUGGCUGUUGUAGACAAACGUCAUUGCACUAUAACUAUAUUGUCAAGUUGAGAUGACGUCAUACUUCUGGGAAAAGGUUGUGGCUGUCUUUUUGUUGGCAUAUUGUCACAAUAAAGCUUGUCAUGCGUCCCAUUUGUGAAUCAAUCUGUGCUGGGUUGCACUGUAAACAUUGAGUACAUCUAAAUUAACCCCACUCGUAUGGAGCCAAACGUUUGCCUUGGAUCAUUAAAAUGGCAUUAAAUGCCCAAUGGGUGCAAUGCAAAGCAGCACCGGCAGGUGGCAGCAUUGUCUUGAGAUAACCGCAAGGAGGGACGCGCUUGCAAAGUUGCACACACUCAAACGCCACGACUGCCCACAAGCUUGAAAUCAUCUGCCAGGCUGCGAGUGCGUUGUGGUUGCUAGAUCCUCGGGGAAGCUGACAUCCCACCCCCCCACCUGCACACACCUGACACCUGCUCGUUGAAAGCCAACUCUAAAGCGCUCCACUUCCGGCCGGGGUGUCAAAGUAGCUGUCAAGCGAGGAGGGGGGGGUUGAUCUGCAGGAAGUCCACACGGACUCAAGUGAUCACCAAGUCGCACCGACAGCUCUCUGCAGUCCGGACCUAAAACAAAUAAAAGAGAGAAACACCAGAACGACACAAGCGGAAGGUCUUUCCUGGUGUCGCCGGCCAAUGCCGGGCCCGUCGUGGGCGUCUGGCGGCGGUGGCAGCAGUAAUCGUGUGAGCGCCGUGCCCGCCGCCUAGCCCGUGAUGCCGUCGUCCACGCGGAAAGGCGUGCCCAAGGACCCCGAGCUGGCCGAGCUCUUCUUCAAGGACGACCCCGAGGACGUCUUCUGCGACCUGCACGAAAUCGGCCAUGGCAGCUUCGGGGCGGUCUACUUUGCCCGCAACUCCUACUCCAGUGAGGUGGUGGCCAUCAAGAAGAUGUCCUACCACGGCAAGCAGACCACUGAGAAGUGGCAGGACAUCAUUAAGGAGGUGAAGUUUUUGGGGCAGCUGCGGCACCCCAACACCAUCGAAUACAAAGGAUGCUACCUGAAGGACAACACGGCCUGGCUGGUGAUGGAGUACUGCCUGGGCUCCGCAUCGGAUUUACUAGAGGUUCACAAGAAGGCGCUCCAAGAGGUGGAGAUCGCUGCCAUUACCCACGGUGCCUUGCUGGGACUGGCUUACCUGCAUUCCCAUCAUAUGAUUCACAGAGACGUGAAAGCCGGGAACAUCCUGCUGACCGAGCUGGGACAGGUCAAACUGGCCGACUUUGGCUCCGCCUCCAUUGCCUCACCUGCCAACUCCUUUGUGGGCACACCUUACUGGAUGGCCCCGGAAGUGAUCUUAGCCAUGGACGAGGGUCAGUACGAGGGGAAGGUGGACAUCUGGUCCCUGGGGAUCACCUGCAUCGAGUUAGCGGAACGCAAACCGCCCCUGUUCAACAUGAACGCCAUGAGUGCCUUAUACCACAUCGCACAGAACGACUCCCCCACUCUGCAGUCCAACGAGUGGUCCGACCCUUUCCGGAGCUUUGUGGACUACUGCCUACUGAAGAUUCCUCAGGACAGACCCUCGUCGGGGGAGCUGCUAAGACAUGACUUUGUGCGGCGGGAGCGCUCGCCGGGGAUUCUCCUGGACCUGAUCCAGCGGACCAAGGAUGCGGUGCGCGAGCUGGACAACCUGCAGUACCGCAAGAUGAAGAAGAUCCUCUACCAGGAGAAGCACAACGGACCCUUGGGGGAGAGCCAGGAGGACGAGGAGGACAGCGAGGGGGCCAGCUGCAAGAUGAACAGCCUGGGCAGCAACCACUCGGUGCCCAGCACGUCGCUCAGCACGGGCAGCCGAGGCAGCAGCGUCAACAGCUUGCAGGAGGUGCUGGACGACAUGACAAUGAUGCACCCCCGGGACUACGGCGGCACCCCGGACUCCUCGCCGCACGCCAAGAAGGACCAGCAGUACUGGGACGAGGGCCCCCACAGGGACCACCGGCUGAUAUCCGUGGACAAGAGCAGCCAGGCCCAGAACCACAAGAACCAGGGACGCUUUGCCACCAUCAAGUCCGCAUCCCUGGUGACCAAGCAGAUCCACGAGCACGAGCAGGAGAGUGAGCUACGCGAGCAGAUGUCGGGCUACAAGCGCAUGCGCCGGCAGCACCAGAAGCAGAUGAUCGCCCUGGAGAACAAGCUGAAGGCCGAGAUGGACGAGCACCGCCUCAAGCUGCAGAAGGAGGCGGAGACGCAGGCCAACAACGCCUACAUCGAGCUGGAGAAGCUGGCCAAGCGCCACGCCGUGCACGGCGACAAGGAGACGAAGACCACGUUGGCGGACGAGAAGAAGUUCCAGCAGCAGAUGGCGGCGCAGCAGAAGAAGGAGUUGACCAACUUCCUGGACAAUCAGAAGAAGCAGUACAAACUCUGCAAGGAGAAAAUGAAGGAGGAGAUGAGCGAGGACCACAGCACGCCCAAGAAGGAGAAGCAGGAGCGUCUGUCCAAGCACAAGGAGAACAUGCAGCACUCCCAGGCCGAGGAGGAGGCCCACCUGCUGGCCCAGCAGAGGGUCCGCUACGACAGGAGCUGCCGUGCCUUCCGGCGCCGGGCCGUGAUCAGGAGGCACGACCUGGAGCAGGAGCAGAUCCGAGAGGAGCUGAACAAGAAGAAGAGCCAGAAGGAGAUGGAGCACGCCGUGCUGAUCCGUCACGAUGAGUCCACGCAGGAGCUGGAGCAGCGGCAGCUCAGGAUACUCCAGAAGCUGCGCAUGGACCUGAUCCGCCUGCAGCACCAGACCGAGCUGGAGAACCAGAUCGAGUACAACAACCGGCGCGAGCGCGAGCUCCACCGCAAGCACGUGCUGGAGCUCCGGCAGCAGCCCAAGAACCUGAAAGUGCUGGAGCUGCAGAUCAAGAAGCAGUUCCAGGACACGUGCAAGGUGCAGACCAAGCAGUACAAGGCGUUGCGCCACCACCAGAUGGAGGUGAUGCCCAAGGCCGAGCACAAGGCCGUGCUCAAGGCGCUCAAAGACGAGCAGACCCGCAAACUUGCCAUCUUGGCCGAGCAGUACGAGCAGAGCAUCAACGAGAUGAUGGCCUCGCAGGCGCUGCGUCUGGACGAGGCGCAGGAGGCGGAGUGUCAGGCGCUGAGGCAGCAGCUGCAGCAGGAGAUGGAGCUGCUCAACGCCUACCAGAGCAAGAUCAAGAUGCAGACGGAGGCGCAGCACGAGCGCGAGCAGCACAAGAUGGAGCAGAAGGUGUCCCUGCGACGUGCUCACCUGGAACAAAAGAUGGAAGAGGAGCUGGUUUCCCUACAGAAGGAGCGCACGGAUCGCAUCAAGCACCUCCUGGAGCGCCAGGAGCGCGAGAUGGACGCCUUCGACAUGGAGAGCGUGCGGCUGGGCUUUGGCGACCCGACCGCCCUGGACUUCGCCAAGGACGACCACAGAUGAGUCUGCCCGGCACCCCGAGCGUGAGAGUGCCGAGGCGGCGCAGGAAGUGACCUCACUCACCCAACCCCCACCUUCUCCUCCUCCUCGUUUUUUGACACCUUGUGGUGACAGGGGGCGGGGCUACGCGGCGUCACUUCCUGUUUUGUCGUCAGUGGUGGGAGGGAGGCGACAUAGCGUGACGGCAGCCGACGUGAGGAAGAACUCCCAAUCGUGAGACGGGACGUCAUCGCACACAAGGGCUUCGUGUGAGGGAGGGGGCGGGGCUUUGUACCCAAGGAUUUCUGGAGAGCUUUUAUGUAUUUUCAUAUUCUAUUUUAAAUCUCAUGCAAAAUUUGGAAGAUUGUCUUUAUUGUCCCCCCCCCGUUUUUUCUUAACGCUUUCUUACCCACCGAACAGAUGAUGAUGAUGAUGACCAUUGCAUGCACUUUAGUCCCCCCCCCCCAAGAGAAAAGCAUGGAUGUGUUUAAAAGCUUUGAAUUACAUUUGUAAAUAAAUAAAGUGCUCAUGACACAACGGCAGCAGCGUCAUUUGCAAAUAUUUCACUUAUUCCCGCAUCGCAGGUCAGUCUUGGAUCACGUGAUGCCAAGCUUCCGCUCUCAUUGGAUGACUGUUUUCCUCACAAGCUCCAGCUCUUUUUUAUUGUCGCUUUUUCCUUUUUUUCAAGUGUUUGACUGUAGAAAUGUACUUGUUUACAAAAAUAUACACCUGUAUGUUUGUGUGGGCCGGUUCAAAUCUGACAGAUUGGUCCCCUGAAGAAUGUCUCAAAUAUUUGAGGCGUUUCCUCAGCUUCGCUCUGUGCCUGAAAUAGACGGGAAGAAAAUCUCAUUCAUUUGCGGUUGCUGAUAAUACGACCAUUUGUGCUCUAUUUACUAUUUUACAUUUCCAACAAAAUGUCAAAUUUAUGAGAAAAAUGCGUCCAUUUAAAAGAAUAAAGGGUGUCAAUUUCCGAGUAUAAAGUCGUACAUUUACAAGAAAAAGUUGUGCAUUUACUAGAAAAAAUUUGUAUGUUCCCAGAAUAAAUUCCUCAAUUUACUAGAAAAAAGGCGUACAUUUACGAAAUGAAAAUUAAGUCAUAAAUUUACAAGUAAAAAGGCGUAAAUUUACAAUACAAGUCCUAAAUUUAUAAGAAAAACUCGUAAAUGUACAACUUUUUUCUCGUAAAUCUUACAGGAAUAAAGUUGUAAAUUUACGAGAAUCAAGUCAUAAAUUCACAAGAAAAAAAGGCAAAAAUGGAUGACAAGUUGUAUAUUUACAAGAAAAAGUCGUACAUUUACUAGAAAAGGAGUAAAUUUACGAGAAUCAAAGUCAGCGUGCUGCCGCUAGAGGUCGCCAUUGUAACACAUCAGUAGACAUGGUGAAACCAUUCAUUUUCUUCUAAUUCUUCCACUAAAUGAGUCUUAAAGACAUUACUUCAAAAGCCUUGGUAAAAAUACAAUUCCACAUUCUUUUUUUAAAUUAUUUUUUAUGUUCCUAAGAUUCUUUAAGAUAUUAUUCUGUGAGUAUGGGCAUUAAGUGUCAUUAGUUUAGUUUUCACUUGACUAUUAUCAUGCAAUAAUUGAUUUAUUGUAUGUUUUAUUAGCUGUGGCUGCAGCUGAACACCACACAAGCUUUAAAAAGAAAAAAAAAAGCCA